CCACCCAUUUCCCAUUAUUGAAAAGCUUUUUUGUAGAGCAGAAAUUAAAAUGGCGGAAGAAUUGGAGGUGUUCGGUUUCUGGCCAAGUCCGUUUAGUCUGAGAGUGGAGUUGGCUCUCAAACUCAAAGGCAUCCAGUACAAAUACUUGGAAGAAGAUGUGCUGAACAAUAAGAGCGAUUUGCUGGCGAAACACAAUUCAAUUUACAAGAACAUCUAUGUUCUACUGCACCAUGGAAAACCCAUUUUAGAGUAUCUUGUAAUUCUCGAACACAUUGAAGAAGCCUGGAAACACAGCCACAUCUUGCCCCAACAUCCCCAUCAAAGAGCUCUUGCAAGGUUUUGGGCUACGUUUAUCUAUGGCAAGGUGCAAUAAUCAGAGCAAGAAGAAGGUAAGGAAAGAGAAAGAAGAGGCAAUAGCAGCUGCAUGUGAGGUAUUGAAAGCACUAGAAGAUGAAAUGAAAGGUAAGAGAAUCUUAGGAGGGGAUUAUGGCCCAUUAUGAUUGAUAUUUAAAUGGAAUCCCAUCACGAUUACACCAAUUUUCAUUAUGGAUUGGUAGGUGUGACCUUAGUCAUUAAAACAUAUUGAGACAAUCAUUGUAGAUCAACCAGCAACCUGUGGAGCAAGUAAUUAUCUUUAGAUCAUCACUUUUAA